AUGUCCGAACAUAAGAACAGAAUUAUUUUCUUUGGUGCUCCUGGUUCAGGAAAAGGAACUCAAGCCUGUAAAUUGGCUAAAGAAUUUCAAGCUUGCCACUUAUCUACAGGUGAUAUUCUGAGAGCAGCUGUUAGGGAUCAAACAGAAAUGGGAAAGAGAGCAAAAGCUAAGAUGGAUGCUGGUGAACUUGUCAGUGAUGAUAUCGUGAUUGGAAUUAUUAGAGAUAGUAUUGACAGUCCUUCGUGUCGAUAUGGAUUCAUUUUGGAUGGAUUCCCACGUACUGUACCACAAGCUGAUGCUUUAGACAAAAUGUUAACAGAAAGAUCUACUCGUGUUGACCAUGUUCUCAACCUAGAAGUACAAGAUGAAACAGUAGUUAAACGAAUUGCUGGAAGGUUAACACAUCUUAAAAGUGGACGUGUGUACAACCGAUUCUUCAAUCCUCCUAAGGUAGAAAAUUUAGACGAUGAGACAGGUGAACCUCUUGUUCAACGGCCAGAUGAUAGAGAGGAAGUUAUUAGGAAUCGUUUGAAGACAUAUCAUGGAUAUGCUGAUAAAGUAUUGAAUUAUUAUAAUGAGAGAGGUUUAUUAAGACGUAUUGAUGGUGAACAACCAAUAGACAAAGUGAAUGCAAUGGUGAGAUCCUUUUUCACCAAAUAA